ACAUGUGAAUCGUGUGGCUCGGUAUUUUUCUCCCUAAAAUUUAAUUAAUUUCGUUAGAAAUUAACUUCAUUUGAGCCUUUCGAGGUUCAUUUUUGCUGAAAAUCUUCAAAAUUAUUAAAAACCUUGCCUGAAAAUGGUCAAAAGGUUUCAUAAAUACGAUUCCGGUCAAGGAACGCAAUAUGUUACACGAAAAUACGCCUUGCAGAAGCUCCAACUCUCGUUGAACGAUUUUCGUCGUCUUUGCAUCUUGAAAGGAAUUUAUCCUCGUGAACCGAAGAAUCGUCGCAAGGCUCAACGCGGUGCUACAGACAUCAAAAUCUUGUAUCAUCGUAAAGACAUCAAUUUCCUGCUUCAUGAUCCGCUAAUUUGGACUUUGCGUGAUAUUAAAAUUUGGAAUCGUCGUAUCAAGUAUGCGCAUUCGAUCAAAGAUGCGAAACUCAAGCGUGUUCGUAUCGAAAAAUAUCCGAAAAUGAAGCUGGAUCACGUCGUGAAGGAACGUUAUCCGACAUUUAUUGAUGCCAUCAAAGACCUGGAUGAUUGUUUGACACUUUUGUUCCUGUUCAGCACGUUUCCCGCACUGAAAGUCAUCAAAAGAGACGAAACUGCGCUCUGUCGACGGCUUACUGUGGAGUUCAUGAACUGGGUUAUCGCAGCAAAAGCAUUGCGGAAAGUUUUUGUCUCCAUUAAGGGAUAUUAUUUCCAAGCGGAGAUCAAAGGACAACUCGUGACGUGGAUUGUACCGCAUUAUUAUCCCUUCCAACCGCAGUCCAAGAACGAAGUUGACUUCAAUAUCAUGACAGUUUUCACGGAAUUUUACACAAUUAUGCUCGGAUUUGUCAAUUUUCGUCUUUAUCACAGUUUGAACUUGAUUUAUCCGCCGCGUUUUAAUGUUCAACUUGACUCCGAGGCAAGUCAAACCGACGAAAAUACAUUUGUCUCUGAACGAAUCGCCGCUUUAACAGUCGAUUUAAUGAAAACUGCUGAAAAUCCCGACGGCGAAACCCCAAUGGAAGACGAAGAAGAACUCGAUUUGCAACUUUUUGCCGGAGAAGGCGACACAGAAAAACUCCAAAAGCUCAAAGAGGAAAGUAAUAGCUUGAAACGUCUUCAAAAUUUGUUCAAAGGACUCAAAUUUUUCAUCAAUCGAGAAGUCCCGCGGGAGCCUCUUGUCUUCAUUAUUCGUUGUUUCGGCGGAAAAGUCUCUUGGGACAAAAAUAUCUUCAUUGGAGCGACUUUUGAUGAGGAUGAUGAAACAAUUACACAUCAAAUAGUCGAUCGCCCGAAUAUGGAUAAGAAAUACAUUUCGCGAGAUUAUGUGCAACCUCAAUGGAUUUUUGAUUCAGUGAAUCAACGAAAACUUCUUCCAACGAACAAAUAUUUCAUUGGAGUGACGUUGCCGCCUCAUUUAUCGCCGUUUGUUAAAGCAGGAGCUGACGAUUACGUUCCGUUGGAGGAAAAAGCACUUCGGGAUCCGAGUCUUGUUGAGAAGCAUGUGCCUUCGGAUGAAGAAGUUUCGAGUGAUGAAGAAGAAGAAGUUGCGCAGAAGGAAAAUCAAGAGGAAAAUGACGAAGUACAGAUGGAUUAUGCGUUGGAACAAGCCUUUAAAGAAGAAUUAGAAGACGAGAAUGAGGAGGAAAGUGAGGAAGAAGAAGAAGAAACUGAGCCUGUGCAAAAGACUGCGGAACAAAUUGCAGCUGAAAAGAAAGAAAAAAUGGCUGUCAAGCCCGGAAAAGUUCACAAAGAAGAUCCGAAGAAACGUCGAAAGCUGAAGGAGCAAGAAGGCAACUUGAUGGCACGAAUGGUAAAACCGCGUCACAAGAAACUCUACCACAAACUCCUGAAAGAACGCAAAACGAAGACAAAAGAAGUGACUUUGUUGCAAAAGAAACGAAAGGACAUCGAGGCACAGGAGAAACAGGACCGACGAGCGCAGCUCAAAGCAGCGAAACGAAAAGCAAAAGCCUAAAAAGUUAUUUUUUUUAUGAUUUUCUUUCAUUUUUUUGCUAUUAAUAAUUAAAUUCAAAGUAAUACUUAUCCUAAUUAACUCGUUUUAACUGUUAAAUGAUAUUUUCUGGUCCUAAAAUUUUAACUUUUUUUUUUCUCACAAAUAAUUCAUUAACCAUGUUCCCUAAAGGAUUUUAACGAUUUUUUUUUCUUUUUCAAGAAGUUCAAUAGUCAAGUGCCCAUUCAUUUUCCGCCAAGAACGCGUCAAUAACCUCUUUCAUCGCGAAAUUCGGAAUUAAUUGAUCUUGCUGCAA